UGGCCGGCAGGCAGGGGCGGGGGCCGGCCUGCGUCAGCGCCCGCCCGGCCCCCGCCCCCCGCCCGCCCAAACUCCACCCCGAGGGAAGGCGGCGCGGAUAAAGGCUCGGGGGCCGCCCGCUCGGCCCCAGACCAGCCCCGCCACCGCGCGCUUUGCCCCUACGUGGGUACACUCUGGACCCGUGCUGACCUCGUACUGGACGCGCCCGAUCCUCUGAGCGGCGGCGGCGGCGGCGGCGACGGCGGCGGCGGCGGCUGUGGCUGUUGCUAAGGGAGGGGACGCGCCCGGAAGCGCGGCCCGAGCGGCAGACGGCACCGGGCACGGACGGACGGACGAGCGGCGCCCCCUCCUUCGGGACCCUCCCCAGCGCCUCGCCGCGGUCGCCGCCCGCCGCCCUUUAAAGGCGCCGCCAGUGCCGCCCCCACUCCUGGAAGGGCCCCCCACCCCCCGACGAGCCGAAGCGACCCCGGAGCGCCACUCGGAUUUUUGAUUCCUGCUUUCACCUUCCACUCUUGGGACCUUCUCCAAGGAGGGACGCGCGCAGCCCGCACCCCACCACCGCCACCCCGCACCUAGCCGCCCCCAGGGUCGUCGCCCCCCACCUCCCCAGGACCGCGUUUCGGGAGCCCCCGCCUCUGCCCGGAGGCGCGGUGAGGAUUGGCGGCGCCCCGCGGACCCCAGCACCCCAGCGCGGGCCGGGGAUGGAGCCGCAGCCCGGCGGCGCCCGGAGCUGCCGGCGUGGGGCCCCCGGCGGCGCCUGCGAGUUGGGCCGGGCGGUCGAGGGGGCGCCCAUCAACCUGGCCAUCCACAGCACCACGGGCACCCGCUACGAGCUGUCGGUGCCCCCCGACGAGACGGUGGAGGGGCUGCGCAAGCGGCUGUCCCAGCGCCUCAAAGUGCCCAAGGAGCGCCUGGCCCUGCUCCACAAAGACACCCGGCUCAGUUCGGGGACGCUGCAGGAGUUCGGCGUGGGGGAUGGGAGCAAGCUGACGCUGGUGCCCACCGUGGAGGCGGGCCUCAUGUCUCAGGCCUCCAGGCCCGAACAGUCGGUCAUGCAGGCUUUGGAGAGCCUCACGGAGACCCAGCCCCCAGCGAUGCCCGGGCCGGCCCGGGCUGGCGGAGGCAGCUUCCGGAAAUACCGAUUCCUUUUAUUUAAGCAUCCGUGGCGCCAACAGGGAGCCCAGAGCCCAGAGAGGGGCGGCGAGAGGCCCCAGGUCAGUGACUUCCUGUCUGGCCGCUCGCCGCUGACCCUGGCCCUGCGCGUAGGGGACCAUAUGAUGUUCGUCCAGCUGCAGCUGGCGGCCCAGCACGCCCCGAUACAGCACCGCCACGUCCUGGCGGCAGCCGCCGCCGCCGCUGCCGCCCGCGGGGACCCCAGCGUGACGGCCACCCCCGUGUCCUCCCCCUGCCGGCCCAUGUCCAGCGCUGCCCGUGUCCCCCCGGUGCCCACCAGCCCCGCCUCUGCGUCCCCCUCGCCUGUCACAGCUGGUACCUUUCGAUCCCACUCGGCCCCAGCCACCUGCACCGAGCAGAUGGAAUGUGCGGCCCCUGCCAGCCCCGGUGCCAGCCCCGCCGCCAGCCCCGGGAGCAGCACCGGCUCCCGCUCCCGCAAACCCGGCGCGGUGAUCGAGAGCUUCGUCAACCACGCCCCGGGGGUCUUCUCAGGAACAUUCUCCGGCACACUGCAUCCCAACUGCCAGGACAGCAGCGGGCGGCCCCGGCGGGACAUCGGUACCAUCCUGCAGAUUCUCAAUGACCUGCUGAGCGCCACGCGGCACUACCAGGGCAUGCCCCCGUCCCUGACCCAGCUGCGCUGCCACGCGCAAUGCGCGCCCGCCUCGCCCGCCCCGGACCUCACCCCCAAAACUACCUCCUGCGAGAAGCUGGCAACCGCCGCUGCAGCCCCAGCCUCACUGAGCCAAGUCCGCAUGUGCAAGCCCCCCGGGGACCGGCUACGGCAGACGGAAAACCGAGCCACGCGCUGCAAAGUGGAGCGGCUGCAGCUGCUGCUUCAGCAGAAGCGCCUGCGCAGGAAGGCGCGCCGGGACGCCCGCGGCCCCUACCACUGGCCCCCCAGCCGCAAAACGGGGCGCAGCGACAGCAGCGGCGGCGGGGCCGGCGCCAGCCCCAGCGAGGCGGCCGGCCUGGGCCUCGACUUUGAGGACUCCGUGUGGAAGCCAGAAGUCAACCCCGACAUCAAGUCCGGAUUCGUGGUGGCCUAGGGAUGCGCCCAGGCCCCCCCGCCGCCCGGCCCGGUCCUCGGGGUGUGGGUUGAGUCUUUUUUUGUUUUUUGUUUUUUGUUUUUUUUUAAUUUCAAUUCUCACCAUGAUUUUCUGGACUCUCUGGAUGGACUUGGGUUCCUGCCUCCUCCAGCCUCAGCUCAGUUCUGUCCGUUUCUUCCCGCCCCCCUCCACGCGCCCGGUGCCCGGUUUCCGUCCCCCCCACCCCGUGCCUCGCCGUCUGUCCGUCCCCUCGUGCCCUCCCGUCGCCGCCGCGGUUCCCCCCAAGUUCCCCAGCUCCCGAGAUGUAGCAAGACUUUCCCAGAUGGAAGAGAGCUGGAGACGCAGGCACACCCCCACUUCCCCUCUGCCCCGCCCCCACUUCCCACCCUCUUCCCGUCUAAGUCAGAAAAAAAAAAAUGAAAAUCCUCAUUAUGCACUUUACAGAUGAGGGGGACCGCGGAGAGAGGGCGCCCCCCACUCCCGCGGGGCCCCCGCUGGCUGGCCUCUCUCCACAUCUGUCCUGAUGCCCCCCACCCACCCCCUUUUUUUGUUCUUCUCUCCACCCCACCUCCCCGUGUGGGUAUUUUUGGUCUUUUUUUUUCCCCCCCCUGCUGGAAUAACCAAGGCGAUCCAGGGGAGAGGCCAUCAGGACCCACCUCGGGGGUUUGGCUGGGAGUUGAGGAGAGGGGACAGUCCACCACCAGGCUUGGGUCACCAGCACUGUGUGAUCUCCGCCACCCCCCCACCCACCCUCUUUCUUUUCCUUUUUCUUUUUUUUUUUUCCUGAGCUUGGGGUAUUUAUAGACUAUUCAUUUCUGACUGAGCCAAUAGUUGCUUGGGAAUCCUUGAAAAAUCGGGAGAGGCAUGGCUGUGGGGGGAGCGGACAAGGACAGGCGAGGACCCCCCCCACCCCCCCCCCCACACACACACCUCAGCUGUUCAUUCCAUCCCAGCCAGAGUGAUCUGGGAAUGGACUCAUGUUGGGGAGGGGGGCUCCUCUGGCCGCCGGUUUGGGGAGGGGAGUGCUGAGCUGUGAAUCCCCUGGCACAGGGUAAGUUGUGUAGCAUUAACCCCCCCCCCCCCGCGGGGGGGGGAUCGCUGCUGGUCUAAUCUGGACCCUCCCACCCUAGCCCAUGCCCCCCACCCCAGUCCCAUGGGGGCUGGAACUAGACACCCCCCACAAGGGGCCUUUCCAUAGGGUUAGUGUUUUUCAAUUCACCUUUUUUUUUUUUUUUUACUGAUACGGAUAUUUUGGGGUCCUUCCCUCCCCACCUGUCAGUCUUGUCCCGACUUCCUCACCAGUCUUUGUCCUGCGAUUCGAUCACCUGCCUGCCCCCCCACCCUGACUUCCUCCUUUUAUGGCCCCCCCCCCCGUAGGUGCACCCCUCCCCCCCCAUUAUGUGUUAAUGGUUUCAGAUGUGAACAUCAUGUGUUUACUGUAGCGCUGUACAUUUUUUUGUGGGGGGGGUGGGCAGGGAGGGGAGGUCAGAGGGUUAGGCAACAAGGAAUUUUUUUGGUUUUAUUUUUGUUUUCCAAAAAAAUAGAAAAAAAAACAAACAAAAAGGAGAGAAAAGUCAGUUUGUUUUUGAAGAACUGUCUUAAAUACCUAUUUAAAUGUG